AUGGUAGACACCAUGGAACCAGUGUCCACCAGGCAAGUACCAUUUGAUGAGAUUUAUGAAGUGGGAGAUGAGCUUGGACAAGGAGGCUUUGGCACUGUGUACGAGGACUUCAAAAAUCAACGCAAGAAGGUUGCCAUCAAAAUCAUCCUCAAGUGUGAAAGAGACCGUUAUAUUGAACUACCUGGCUGUUCAAAGCCACUGUUUGCAGAAGUGGCUGCAAACCUGCUGCUGAAACAGGCUCCAUUAAGCCCCUACAUUGUGUACAUGCUGGAAUGGUUUGAAGAGGAGGAUCGGUUCAUCCUCAUCCUGGAACAUCCGGAACCCUGCAAGGACUUGCUCAAAUUUGUGGUUAACAACAUGCAUUGGGCGAACGAAUUACAGACACGUAGCCUGAUGUAUCAAGCGGUGCUCGGGGCCAAGCACUGUCUUGACCGAGGUGUCUUUCACCGGGACAUUAAGUUGAAUAACUUUCUGAUCAACACGACGACUAACCGAGUCCAACUAAUAGACUUUGGCUGCAGUGACCUCGUCAAAAGUACAGGCUACUUGGGUGAUUUUAUAGGAGGAGUCUGCCCGCCUGAAUACUACAACGACUUAAGAUACAAGGCAGAGCCAACAACCGUCUGGUCUCUGGGUGUAAUGAUGUACGCAAUGAUGUGCAAAUGUCGACCCUUUAGCAGUCCUGAAGACAUGAUGCAUGGCAGUCUGAGUUUUAACGUUAGAGUAUCCACAGAAUUGCAGAAUUUGAUAAGUCGCUGCCUGACUGUUGACCCAACUAAGAGAGCGACUAUUGAGGAGAUCCUACAGCAUAAAUGGUUUCAGCAAGGACAAAUGUCAGGACCUUUACCCAAGACUUUACCAUUUGAUGAGAUUUAUGAAGUGGGAGAUGAGCUUGGACAAGGAAGCUUUGGCACGGUGUACGAGGGGACUUCAAAAAUUCAACGCAAGAAGGUUGCCAUCAAAAUCAUCCUCAAGUGUGAAAGAGACCGUUAUAUUGAACUACCUGGCUGUUCAAAGCCACUGUUUGCAGAAGUGGCUGCAAACCUGCUGCUGAAACAGGCUCCAUUAAGCCCCUACAUUGUGUACAUGCUGGAAUGGUUUGAAGAGGAGGAUCGGUUCAUCCUCAUCCUGGCAUCCGAACCCUGCAUGGACUUGCUCAGAUUUGUGGUUCACAACAUGCAUUGGCCGAACGAAUUACAGACACGUAGCCUGAUGUAUCAAGCGGUGCUCGGGGCCAAGCACUGUCUUGACCGAGGUGUCUUUCACCGGGACAUUAAGUUGAAUAACUUUCUGAUCAACACGACGACUAACCGAGUCCAACUAAUAGACUUUGGCUGCAGUGACCUCGUCAAAAGUACAGGCUACUUGGGUGGUUUUAUAGGACGAUUCUGCCCGCCUGAAUACUACAAGGGCUUAGGAUACAAGGCAGAGCCAACAACCGUCUGGUCUCUGGGUGUAAUGAUGUACGCAAUUAUGUGCAAAUGUCUGCCCUUUAGCAGUCCUGAAGACAUGAUGCAUGGAAGUCUGAGUUUUAACGUUAGAGUAUCCACAGAAUUGCAGAAUUUGAUAAGUCGCUGCCUGACUGUUGACCCAACAAAGAGAGCGACUAUUGAGGAGAUCCUACAGCAUAAAUGGUUUCACUUCAACAAAGCUCAACUUGCCGCAUGGAGCCAAUGUGAUCCUAAAGACUUUGCAGGAGUUGAUGUUGAUGCUGAUAUUUUUGAUGAGCUUGUGAGAACAUCUAAGGUGUCCUUCAGACUUUUAGACGGUGAUAAAGCCGGUAAGAUGCUGGUAAACAUCCUUGUGGCUGAUAUGGUAGAGAAGUAUGGAUAUCAUAGAAGCUGGAAUGUCACCCAGAUUUCACCUGUUCAUCUAUGUGAGGUUGCAGUACAGUCAUCUUCAGGUGAGGAAGCACAUGUUUCCGAUAGUGUACCUCAUGAAGUUGAUGUGACUGAUGCAGACCCAAGGAAGGAUGAAGUGCAAGAUGCUUACACAGAGAAUUUAGCUCUGUUUUACUUGGCUUUGGAGGCAAAGCAUUUAGUCCCAGUCUCCACAAUCACAGAGAUGGCAAAUGAAAUGAAGACUCUUCAAGAAAAAGACUGCAAAUACUUUGGUGUGGAUAAAGUUUUCACUAAGGUAGUGUCAGACCUGAGUGAGCUGGAAACCAAAGGCAUAUCUUUUGAGGGAAAGUUAUACUGUCUAAUGACAAGAGAUGAAUUCAUCUCCAACCCUCUCACAGUUGUCACUCUGAGAGAUCCCGCUGCUUAUAAGGAGUCUGUGCAGUUCUUGGAAAGACACCCUGAAAUGACCAUGCACCAUGGCAUUAAAGGCAACAGUGUUUUUAACAAACUGUCUAACUUCCAUCCCCCAGUGCCCGCGCCUUGGGCGCCGCCUCAAGUUAUCCCAUCCUCCGACCCUUGCCACACGUCGUCGAUGGAUCCCAGCAGCCCCUGCACUCAUCCUCUGCCCACCAUCUGGAGCGCCAGUCUCUAUCGCCGCCGCGGAUGA